AUGGGCUCGCUUUACUUAGCCUUGCUUCGUCUAGGCUGUUCUCGCUUCGUCUGGGCUAUUCAAGGUGACCGCCUAAGUGAGCUUUUCACAACUCUGGGGGACAUGAUUCGGGCUAUACGUGCUUGCAAAACUGCUGCAGAGGAGCGUGCCGUUGUAAGAAAAGAGUGUGCUGCUAUCCGUGCAUCAGUCGGUGAAAAUGAUCAAGAUUACAGGCACCGGAAUCUGGCAAAGCUCAUGUUCAUUCACAUGCUGGGGUACCCCACGCAUUUUGGUCAGAUGGAAUGCUUGAAGUUAAUUGCUUCUCCUGGGUUUCCUGAGAAAAGAAUGGGAUAUCUUGGUCUGAUGCUGCUUCUUGAUGAAAGGCAGGAAGUUCUAAUAGAUCUUAAUCACACCAAUCAGUAUAUUGUGGGACUAGCGCUUUGUGCUUUGGGGAAUAUAUGUUCUGCAGAAAUGGCUCGUGAUCUUGCACCAGAAGUUGAACAAUUGCUGCAAUUUCGAGAUCCAAAUGUUCGGAAGAAAGCAGCGUUAUGCUCCAUAAGGAUUGUGAAGAAAGUUCCAGACCUGGCAGAAAUUUUUUUAAAUCCUGCUGCUGCUUUACUAAAAGAAAAGCACCAUGGAGUUCUUCUGACAGGAGUUCAGCUCUGUACAGAUCUAUGCAAAGUCAGUGCAGAGGCCCUCGAAUAUUUCAGAAAGAAAUGUACAGAAGGUUUGGUCAAACUUCUGAAGGAUGUUGUGAACAGUCCAUAUGCACCCGAAUAUGACGUUUCUGGGAUUACAGACCCUUUUCUCCACAUUCGAUUGCUCAGACUUUUGCAUGUGUUGGGCCAAGGAGAUGCUGAUGCUAGCGAUUGCAUGAAUGACAUUCUUGCUCAGGUAGCUACAAAAACCGAAUCCAACAAAAAUGCAGGAAAUGCCAUUCUCUAUGAAUGUGUUGCAACAAUUAUGAGCAUUGAAGAUAAUGGAGGUUUACGGGUGCUUGCUAUUAAUAUUCUGGGAAGAUUCUUGUCUAACCGAGACAACAAUAUCAGAUAUGUUGCAUUGAAUAUGCUGAUAAAAGCUAUUACAGUUGAUACUCAAGCAGUGCAGAGGCAUCGAGCCACGAUCUUGGAAUGUGUGAAGGAUAUGGAUGCUUCAAUUCGUAAAAGGGCCCUUGAACUUGUAUAUCUUCUUGUGAAUGAAAGCAAUGUAAAGCCUUUGACAAAAGAGCUAAUUGAUUAUCUACAAGUAAGCGAACAGGAAUUCAAGGGAGAUCUUACUGCCAAAAUUUGCUCUAUUGUGGAAAAGUUUUCCCCAGAGAAAAUUUGGUACAUUGAUCAGAUGCUCAAGGUUCUUUCUGAGGCUGGAAAUUAUGUGAAGGAUGAAGUAUGGCAUGCCCUUAUUGUUUUGAUAAGCAACGCUUCGAACCUCCAUGGUUAUGCAGUAAGGUUGCUAUACAAAGCAGUCCAAACUGCUGGUGAACAGGAAACUCUUGUUCGAGUGGCAGUGUGGUGCAUUGGAGAGUAUGGUGAAAUGUUGGUCAACAAUGUUGGGAUGCUUGAUGUAGAGGAACCGAUGACAGUGAGUUCAUAA